AUGGAUUUGCUUCAUCCGAAACAACAUUUACAGCAGUCAUCCCAAGUCAAGCAAAAGAAUCCGCAGGAAACAAACAAGCCAUCGCAAGUCACACAUAUAGUUGAGCCGGCUGAGGCUCCACAAGUUGAAACUCCUCAAGUAGAGGUUGUCGCGCAUACACAAAAUGGGCCGGUGGAAUCAGCGAUCCAACCAGAAGAUCCCCCUGUUAUGCUGUUGUUGGAAGAUCAACAAGCCAUCACCGCCGAACAACAAACUAUCGAUGCUACUCCGGAGCAAAUCAAUGAAGUAAACGUGCAACAAGUCUCAGCAGCCCAGAAAGACGCUAAAGAUUCGCUUGGGGAGCAUCAGGCCAUUGAAACUUUCGUUGCGACCCAACUCAACACCGCGACUGAAACCCUUGGUGCCGCCGCUACUGCUGCUCAACCGGUUUCUGUUGUUUCUGAUAAUCCGAUGAUUGAAACUGAGAAAUCCAUAUCACUUCAGUCUUCUUCGAUGGCUGCUAAAUUGUCAAUGGUGGAACUACGACGGGAAUCUCAAUUACAGCCGGCGAACUCCCCAAGAUUUCACACUUGA